UUGCAUUUCAGUGUCAAUUUCCCUCCAGAUACUAAAGGGACAGUUGGCUUGUUCUAGAAGUCAGAAGACACCAGGAACCAUGUCAAAGAGAGUAGCAGUUAUUGGUUCUGGAGUGAGUGGGCUGACAUCCAUCAAAGCUUGCCUGGAAGAAGGCCUUGAACCCACCUGUUUUGAGCAAAGCAGCGACAUUGGGGGACUAUGGCGAUUCACAGAAAAUGUAGAGGACGGAAGAGCAAGUAUCUACCGGUCACUCACCAGUAAUUCCUCCAAAGAGAUGAGCUGCUUCAGUGACUUUCCAAUGCCGGAUAACUUUCCAAACUUUCUACACAAUACCAAGUUCCUGGAAUAUUUGCGACUCUAUGCAAAGCAUUUUGAUCUCCUCAAAUAUAUCAGAUUCAAGUCUCCAGUUGUCCAUGUAGAAAAAUGCCAAGACUUCUCUACCACUGGCCAGUGGAAUGUGACUGUGGAAAAAGAUGGAAAGCAAGAAGCAUUCACCUUUGAUGCUGUCAUGAUCUGUACAGGACACCAGAUAGAAGCAUAUACUCCACUGAAUUCUUUUCCUGGUUUUGAAAAGUUCAAGGGGAAUUCAUUCCACAGCCAAAAUUACAAGGAUCCAGAAGGAUUUGAAGGGAAGACCGUUGUUAUCAUUGGAAUGGGAAAUUCAGCUGCUGACGUUGCUGUGGAGAUCUGCAAAAAAGCAAAGAAGGUGGUCCUCAGCGCCAGGGGAGGCACCUGGGUGAUGAGUCGAGUAUAUGACAAUGGCUAUCCUUGGGACACCAUCUACCACACUCGCUUUAUUAAUUUUAUCCGAAGUUCUGUCCCAUGGUUUGUUUUGAAAUGGAUGACAGAACGGAAGAUGAAUCAAUGGUUCAAUCAUGAAAACUAUGGCCUGGUGCCUCAAAACAGGUACUUGAUGAAAGAGCCGGUGUUCAAUGAUGAUCUACCAAGCCGGAUCCUAUGUGGAUAUGUGAGUGUGAAACCACUUGUCCGGCAAUUCACAGAGACCUCAGCCAUAUUUGAAGAUGGGACAGUGGUGGAGAAUGUAGAUAUUGUCAUCUUUGCAACAGGCUACACUGUUGGAUUCCCUUUCCUGGACAAGUCAGUCUUUGAGGUGGAGGACAAUCGUGUCCCACUAUAUAAACAUGUUUUCCCUCCUCAUCUGGAGAAGCCAACCGUGGCUAUUAUUGGUCUCAUCCAGCCCCUUGGACCUAUUAUGCCCACUUCAGAAUUGCAGGCACGCUGGGCUACAAGAGUCUUCAAGGGGUUAAGCCUCCUGCCUUCAGAGUGCGCCAUGGUGGCUGAUACCAUUAAAAGAAAUGAGAAGAGGAUAAAGUGGUUUGGCACCAGCCGCAGUCAGUCGAUCCAAACAGAUUUCAUUGAUUACCUGGAUGAGCUUGCUGUAGCCUCAGGAACAAAGCCAGAUCUAUUCCAGCUGCUGCUGCAGGAUCCCAUUCUGGCUUGGGCCAUGUUUUUUGGACCCUGUAACCCUUUCCAAUUCCGCUUGAAGGGGCCAGGAAAGUGGACUGGAGCUAGGGAUGCCAUCCUCACCCAGAAGGAGCGGAUCAUUAAACCCACAAAAACACGAGUUGUGAGCAGCUCUUCAAACCACACUCCAUUCUUCCUGCUCACAGUCCUUGGUCUCCUUGGUAUCUUGGCUGCGUUUUUUCUUUUCCUUGUUCAGCAUUGACCUCCACCCUAUAUCCCAUCAGUGAUAACUGCUUAUAUUUGAACCAUGCUUUCUAUUACUCCCACGAUCACCACUGCAGGCUUACCUCCUACACCUUGGUUUCUGCAUGCUCACAAACAUGGAAGAGGGUGAGUGAGCUUACAAAGAACUUCCUGGGAAAUUAUGAACUAGGAAGAGGCAUGAAAGUUGGAGGGAUUCAAGAAAGAGACACACACACAUUUUUUUUAGGCAAGGGAAGUAAGCAGGUGUGCAUGCCUGGUGCAGCUUUAAGGUGCUCCUACAAAAUGCUUUCCCAGGGACUUUCCAGUACAGCCUGGAGGGGGCCUUCGUGGCAACUGAUGAGGGAAAAGUGGGGGCCAGGAACUCAGCCUGCCUCUGAGACAUUUCACUGAAAAUAAUUGCAACAAUUACCCCACUUUCAUUUCCCCAGAGGCAAAGAGGGUAAGGCCCCCAGCAGUAGGUGCAAGAAUGUAGCCCGCUACUUCCCCUUACAGAGCUGGGCCCUUUAAAAAGUUAAUUUGUUGUUUUUAGGGUUAAGGGCCUAAUGGUGGAUAUACACAAACUGAAAAGCUUCAAGGAAACAAAUAUAAUACUCUCUAAAACUGGAUAAAGAUAGACUGCAAUAGCAGUGUGAAGAACAUUGACAUUACCCCCAAUGCCAAAAGAGAAAGUUUAUGGGAUGGUAGUAUAUCAAUCAUCUGUAAUGUUGCAGAGCAAUGAGGAGGCAUCAGCUUACCACAGGUAUGUAUAGAGCAACUUUCCCUUCCCUGGGCACCUUCUAGGUAUCUGGAGUUCAGCUCCCAGAAUCCUCUAGCCAGCAAGGCCAUUGCUAAGAAAUCUGGACACUGAAGUCUAUCCAUCUGAAGAUGCUCAAAUUGGGGAAGACUGGAAGGUCACUAGUAGCUAUUGCACAACAGAUAACAUAUUCACAAUUUUGGAAAGGAAGAACUCCCCCCUGCAAAAUAUUCUACUUCUGGGGGAAAAAAAAAGUCCUGUUUAGGAAUAUUUCCAAAAACAAGAACAUACUGCUUGUAACAUGACAUCAGGAGAUAUAGAACUUACACCUUAUAGGAAGUCAUGUUUUCUUCCUAAUGCAUAGGCUUAUACAGAAAUAUUUUCAAAAUGAAGUUUUCAUUGUGAUUACAUCAGUGUUAGCUGUCCUUUAAUAAAUGUAGAUAAGAUUUCCUGUGAUGUGCUCAGAAAGGAAAAUAGGGACCAAACUGCAUGAAAUAACUAAACAGUGACAUUUCAAAAUAUCAUAUUACAAUCUAUUUUCUGUUUUUCUCUGGUUCCUUUUAACAUUAGAUAGCAGUGUAAGUUGCGUUUCAUUCUUGAAUUUAAAAAAGGAGCAAAUUUGCAUUUCAUACUUGAAUCAAAGAAUGCUGACCUGAACAUGUCUGUCAAUGUCUCAAGGCAGAAAUAUACAUCCCAUGAAAUGCUGUGAUAUUUUCCUAUGGGGCCUUGCUUAAGGAGCUUAGGUUUUUAUGUGAAAACUGCUGUUAUGGUUUGUGUAAUAUAAAGUAUGGCUUAAUGUUUUAUGCAAAUCCACCUAAUUUGGCUUUAUAUAAUAAACCAUGGUUAAA